AAAAACUGGUCCGCUCACCGAAGGGAACCCGGAAGUGGGGCGCAGCAAGUAAAGGUGCCGGAUCCUCUGGCUGUGGUUGAGGUGGGGUCUAGCUGGGCUCGGCCCCCGCCCAGGACCGGACUGAGGAGCCACCACCCAGACGGAGCGGGGGUAUCAGGACCCAGCAGAUCGAGACAGCCGAUGGCUAGGAACGCGCCUGAGGGCACAGGUCCCAUGCACGUGCCUUUUGGGCAUAUUGUGGCCAACACGAAAUGGCGCGGAUCGAAGCUCCUGCAGGGGAUGCAAGGUCGGUGGGCUGCCCUGUGCAAAAGCCCUCUUCUAAACUUUUUAAAAACGUCCUACCUACUGUCGCCUUUCGCCCAGCGCUCACGGAAGUCAUUUUUCUUGUCUAUGUUCUAAGGGAAAAUUAAAAUCGUUUUUGAGGAUGGCCUGACACCGGUAGAUUUUUACGUGUCAAGCAGAUCUUGCAUUCUUUAUGUCACCGAAGCUGAUUUGGUGGCAGGAAAUGGCUACAGAAAGAGGCUUGUUCAGGUUAGAAAUUAAUCUUCAAGGGAUCGUGAUAGUUGAGAAAACGCAGAUGAGUGAACAGUACUUCUCGGCCAUACAGAAGUUUACUGUGCUGGACCUUGGGAUGGUGUUGCUUCCAGUGACCAGCCAGAUGGAAGCGUCCUGCCUUAUUAUCCAGUUAGUUCAAGAACAAACUAAAGAGCCCAGUAAGAACCCUUUCCUCAGUAAGAAACGGACUCUGAUGCCUGAGCUAUCCCUCCUUCGAACUGUGCAGCAGAUCCCAGGAGUUGGAAAAGUUAAAGCCCCUCUUCUGCUUCAGAAGUUCCCAAGUAUCCAGCAACUCAGUAAUGCUUCCAUCAGAGAACUAGAGCCAGUGGUUGGACAGGCAGUGGCACAGCACAUUCAUGCCUUCUUCACACAGCCCAGGUGACGGCUCUUCCCGGCAGCCAGGAGCUACAGCAUCUUGUUUUCUUUGCAUAUUUAAAAAUUGAGAACAAAGAAAUCUCCUUUCACUGCAACUAAUGAAAGAUGAGGUGAGGCCUGAAUGGAAGCUGCCAGUUGCCCUGCCCUGUUCUCUGGGUUCAGGCGUUUAAGAUAGUGGAGUUAGUGGGCUCUAGGUAGCACGGCUCUCAUCCUGCUAGUGAAAGAGGGCCCAUUGGGGGGCACCUGGCUGGCUUACGGGUAGAGCAUGCCAAUCCUGAUUUCAGGGUUGUGAGUUCGAGUCCCACGUUGGAUGUAGAGAGAACUUAAAAAUAAAGUCUUUAAAAAAGAGAGAGAGAGUGAGAGAGCCCAUGGGGAUCUUCCUAAAAGAGUUUAAAUUGGGACUCUCAAAUUCAGCAAAAAGCCAACCUGGGCAGAUUUUAACAUAUGACCUUGAUCUUGUCUAGCAUGGAAAAGUCUAAUCAAGUUUCAGAAGGUAGAAGUGACCUUCUAAAGGAAACAAACCUACAAUGAAGCACUAUGCUGUGUACCAUAAGCCUCUUGUUCCUGGUGACAGGCCCAGUGUUCUUCCAGUCUAGUCUUAAUAUCACUAUGUUUUGAGGGUGCUGCCAGUGUAAAUAAACAGUUGUACUGCC